AACAGACAGCAGUGCAUAGCAGUUUACUUGAAAAAUAAGAAGCUGGUUUCAAGAUGUUUAAGAUUCCUAAAGCUAAGGAUGAGCAGCCAACUGCUCCCGGGCAGGUGAAAAUUAAAAAGAGGUCGAGGGUUCCUGGAGUUAUGAUCACCCAGUAUGUGGAGGAAUUGCCUCCAGGCAUGACCACCCCAGAUUUCACUAGGAAACCCAUCGCUCUAACUAUACAAGAAGGAAAAUUGGCCAUCUUCAGAGCAAUAAUUACCGGUAACCCAACACCAACUGUGACCUGGGCGAGAAAUAAUGGGGAAAUUGAUGAAGAGGGGUACAAAAUAACAUUUGAUUCAAUUUCUGGUGAACACCAACUACAGAUGCCUGACGUGUCUGUUGGCCAAGCCGACACCUACAAGUGUUUUGCCAGAAAUGAGUAUGGAAAAGCUGUCGUUACUGCUACUCUCAACGUCAUUGAAGUUGGCUUCAAGAAGAGCAAAGCCAUGCAACAAUCACGAACAGCUGUACGGGAGUUACCUGAAGAUUUCAAAAUGAGAUUAAAAAGCACGGCGGACCUUGAGCCAAGAGAAGAAACAAAGCUGGAAAUUGAUGAUAAAUUUUGGGAACUGUUGCUGAGUGCAGACAAAAAAGAUUACGAGAGCAUCUGUGCACAAUAUGGCAUCACUGAUUUCCGUUGGAUGCUGAAGAAACUAAAUGAGAAGAAGAUAGAGAGGGAGCAGGAAAAAGAGAAGGUUAUUGAAAAAUUUGCUUGCCUAAAACCCAUUGAAAUGAAACCUGAUGGUGGUGCAGAGUUUGAAAUUGAAAUGUCACUCAAAGACCCCACAAGCAAAAUUUUUCUAUUCAAGGAUGGAGUAAUGAUUCCUUUUGAUGUCGACACAGAGAUAAAACACGGAUUGAAGCAAGUGGGAAAGAAGUUUAUGUUUAGCAUAAAUGGCAUUGAUCCAGAGGAUGCAGGAUUCUACCAAGUGGAAGUUGAUGGCGUUAAAAUUUUUUCAACUGAGUUAAAACUUCCCACUGCAGAAUUUCUGGUUAAAAUUCAGGAUGUGAAGGCAGAGGAAAGAGAGGAUGCUGUGUUUCAGUGUGUGCUCUCACAACCAAUGAAAAAGAUCAACUGGGUGGGCAAGAAUGUCCCACUGGAGCAGGGAGACAAAUAUGACAUAACUGUAUCAGAAGACAUGCUGAUUCACACCCUGGUGGUGAAGGACUGCCUGCCAUUGGACAAAGGAAUUUAUGCAGCUACAGCUGGACUUAAGUCCUGCAAUGCCUGGCUCAUCGUGGAAGCUGACAAAGAUCCAAGCAUGGCUGGAAAGAAGAAAGCCCGAAAGACGACUCGAGCAGGAGGUGGUGGAGAAGACCUUCUCAAGAUUGCACAGGAGCAACAGGCGAAACUACAGAAAGAGAGAGAAGAAUUGAUUGCAAAGGCAAAGGCAAAAGCAGAGGAGGAGGCGGCAGCGGCUGCUGCUGCAGCUGCAGCGGCCGCUGCCGCAGCAAACGCUGAUAGUGAAAACAAAGUGAAAGCAGAGCCAAAAGCCAAACCAAAGAAAAAGGCAAAGGCAGAGCCAAAAGCAGCAGCAGGUGAAGAUAAAGCAGAUAAAACAGAACCCACUCCUGCAGAGGAAGAAGAGGAAGAUGUAGAAGAGGAGGAGGAAGAAGCAUCUGCACCAGGAGAACAUGCACCCACAAAGGAGGAAGAUGCUGGUGCUGAAGAGGAGGAGCCUGUACAAGAGAGAAGAAAAAGAGUGAGAACAGGCCCACUCGUUCCUGAUACUGUUAUUGACCCGGGGGUUUACUUCACCAGUGGACUGUCAGAUGUUACUGCUAUCAUUGGUACUGAUGCAGAACUGGUCUGCAAGCUCAGCAGGGAGGACUGUGAUGCAGUUUGGUAUAAAGAUGGAAAAGAGAUAACAGCCACAGACGAUAUCCUCAUAGUUAAAGAUGGGGUUCAUCGCAAAUUAAUUAUCAGAAACUGCAAAGAAGAAGAUGCUGGGAAGUUCAAAUGUGAAGCUGAUGGGCGUAAAACUGAGGCCGUAUUAAAUGUAGAAGAUCCCCCAAGAAUCGACCCUGAUGACCUUGCCGAGUUCAAGAAACCAAUUAUUAUUAAAAGUGGAAAAGAUGCAGCAUUCAAGCUGUCAUUUGUUGGCCGCGAACCCAUGAAAAUCCAGUGGUACAGUGAUGGUGAAGAGCUGAUGGAGGACACGCAUAUCAGGAUUGAGAAGUCUUCCUCACACAGCCGCCUGCUGCUAACCAAGUGCCAACGCAGAGCCAGUGGAGAAAUAAAGAUUAAGAUUAAAAAUGAGUGUGGAACAACUGAGGCCACAUCCCAGCUUAUUGUUCUAGACAAACCAACAGUACCACUUGGCCCUGUGGAUAUUGUUGAAGCUUCAGCCUCUUGCAUUGACGUCAAGUGGAGACCUCCCAAAGACAAUGGAGGUUCACUUAUAACCGACUACAUUCUGGAGCGUCAGCAAAUUGGACGCAACAGCUGGAAGAAGCUGGGAAAAAUUGGCCCAGAGCCCAAAUACCGGGACACUGACGUGGAUCAUGGAAGAAAAUACUGCUACCACAUCAGAGCUGAGACUGAUCAAGGCAUCAGUGAAAUGAUGGAGACUGAUGACAUCCAAGCAGGGACAAAGGCGUACCCUGGACCUCCAUCUACACCAAAAAUUAUUAGUGCUUUCAAAGACUGCAUCAACCUCGCCUGGACUCCACCUGCUAAUACUGGAGGAACAAAUAUUUUAGGAUACAAUGUGGAGAAACGCAAGAAAGGCAGUAAUCUGUGGGGCAUGGUUAACCCACCUAAUGAGCCUGUUAAAGGAAAAGAGUUUGGAGUAAAAGAUGUAGUUGAAGGAAUUGAGUAUGAGUUUCGGGUUUCCGCUAUAAACAUGUCCGGUGCUGGAGAGCCAAGCACACCUUCUGAAUUUGUGGUUGCAAGAGAUCCAAAAAAACCUCCUGGUAAAGUUAUUGACCUGAAGGUGACAGACUCUACAUAUACUACCUUAUCACUUGGCUGGACCAAACCUGUUGAGGAGGAAGGUGUCCAAGAUGAAGCCAAAGGAUAUUUUGUAGAGCUCAGACCUGCAGAAAACCCUGAGUGGGGUCGCUGUAACUCCACACCAAUCAUAAUAACCUCCUUUACUAUUGUGGGUCUGAAGUCUAUGGCCAUGUACUGGGUAAGAGUUGUGGCCACCAAUGAGGGUGGAGAUAGUGAACCUCAAGAGUUGGACAACUACAUCAUUGCAAUGCCUCCUCCAGUAAAACCUCAGUUCACUGACAAAAAAAUGAAGAACUUUGUGGUAGUGAGAGCUGGGAACGCGACACGUAUCAACUUCAACUUUCAGGCUUCACCAAUACCAACCAUCAAAUGGCUAAAAGAUGGCUUGCCUGUAGCCAAAAAUGUGACUGUGAGCAACACGGAUGCUUCAUCACAGUUACUGAUCCCAUCAGCAGAGCGCCAUGACACUGGGGUGUACACUAUCAUUGUCAAGAACCUUGUUGGUCAGGAUACCUCCAGUGUUGAGAUAAGAGUCACAGACGACCCCAAGCCUCCAGGCCCUGUAGAGCUGGAGGAGAACGUGUCAGGAACAGUAACAGUUUCAUGGACUCCAUCUCCAGAUGAGAAGAAAGAUGACAGGCUGCACUACAUGAUUGCCAAGCGUGAUUCAGUUAAACGAACUUGGCACACCGUGGCUGACCAUCUCUUCAAUAACAAGUUCACUGCCAUAAACAUCAUGCCAGGAAGGCAGUAUAAGUUCCGGAUCUAUGCCAAGAAUGACAUGGGGGUUUCUGAACACUCUGAGUCAGCAGUCUGGGAAGUGAACAAGAAGAAAGAAAAAUUCAUUCUGAAGCUUGUUGAGUCAAAGAGCUGCAGUUUUGAGAUGCCUCCAUCAUUCUCUGUUCCACUAAAAAUGCACAAAAGUCCAGAAAGCUACGAGUGUUACAUGAGCUGUGCCGUGACAGGAAACCCCAGACCCCGAAUUACCUGGUACAGAAAUAACAUCAGCCUCAACACCAACACUAACUACCACAUUACCAACACAUGUGGGGUCUGCUCCAUGAUGAUACUAAAGGUAGGGGCCAAGGACAGCGGGGAUUACACUGUUGUAGCAGAAAACCCGCUGGGCAGAGUGGAGUGUUCAACAAAACUUGUUGUUAAAGAUUAACACGAUGCAGUGGUCCUGAACUCCUCGAUAUGCCCGUUCCACUUCAAUAAAUGGAGCAGUAUUUGCCAAUUUUUGUGUGUGU